AUGCUUGACCCUUUCGGAAUUAUCGGUGUUGUUGUCGUGGCCGGCCAGAUCAUCUCGACCGUCGCCAAUUUCGGGCUGGACUGGAAACACGCCCCAGCUGAUACCAAGUCCCUCCUGGUUGCGGUUGGGGCUCUGAAAACGGUGCUUUCCGAGACGAAUAUGAAUAUGCUUCUCAACGAUGACUUUAAGGAUGUCUUCCACGGUCGGCAUUCCACGCUCCUUUCGCAGCUUGGAGAUACCGUGCCGGUCACAGACACCAGCAUGCUGGUAUCAGCAUGCAAGAAAGAGCUAGAGAUCCUCCUCGAGGACUUGCAGAAGCGAGUCCAGGGUCAUCGAAUUGGCUGGAAAAGGAUGAAAGGAGCAUUCCUAGCGAAGAAGACUAAAGAAGCGGUCCAAAACCUUCAUCGACAAUGUCAAACCUUGAACACAUUGAUGGAUAUGGAUGCCCUUGCAAUCGGUGUAAGCAUCCACAAGGAAGUCAGAGAGGCAAGAAGAGAACAGCAGGGUUGGCAUGCAGACAAGGAGUGCAAGGCCAUCAUCGAUUGGCUCACUAUGAUUGAUUAUGGCCCUAAGCAGAGCGAUUUCAUUGCAAGGAGGCAAGGAGGCACUGGACAGUGGCUUCUGAGCUCGAUGGAAUAUAGGGAAUGGAGCGAGACUGCGGACCAGACUCUAUUCUGUCCGGGAAUCCCUGGAGCCGGGAAGACGAUUAUCACAUCGAUCGUGGUUGACGACCUUUGCACACGAUAUAGGAGCAAUGAGCAUGUUGGCAUUGCAUAUAUUUAUUGCGACUUCCAGCGGCAACAGGAGCAAAAGGUUGAAGAAUUCCUCAUGAGUCUACUAAAGCAGCUGACGCAAGGCCGGUCAUCAUUGCCGGAGUGCGUGAAGUUUCUCCACGAUGAACACCGGCGUAAGCGGACGCGGCCGUCAUUUGAUGAAGUCUCGAGAACCCUCCGUCAUGUUGCAGAUUCUUACUCGAGAACUUUCAUCAUCGUUGAUGCACUUGACGAAUGCCAACGAAACGACGGCUGUCGCGCGAGAUUCUUAACCGAGCUUUUCAAUCUCCAGGCCGAAUGCGGAGCAAACAUUUUCGCAACUUCCAGGUGUAUCCCAGAAAUUACUGACAGAUUCAGUGCCAGCACAAUAUUGGAAAUUCGUGCCAAUGACGAGGAUGUGCGCAGGUAUCUAGACGGCCGAAUACUGCAAUCCGGACGGACAUUGCUAGAAAAAUGCCGUGAGGAGAUUAGGAAUGAGAUCACGGAGGUUUCUGAUGGAAUGAAUGACCUGGCGAAGAAGGUUCUCUCAUGGAUCACGUGUGCAAAAAGACAACUCACAACGUCGGAAAUCCAACAUGCACUGGCUAUACAAGAGGGUGACUCUGAACUUGAAGAAGAGGGUAUCCCAUCGGUCGAGGACGUGGUCUCCGUUUGUGUUGGAUUGGUUGAAACCGACGAAGAGAGCAGCAUCAUCCGAUUAGUUCAUCGCACAGCGCAAGAGUACUUCCAGCGGAUUUUUCCAAAUGUGGAGACCGACAUCGCUAAAGUCUGCCUUACCUAUCUUUCAUUUGACAACUUUAGGAACGGAUUCUGUCUGACAGGGCAAGACAUACGAGACCAGCAGCUGUUGGAUCCGUUCUUCGAAUACGCCGCACAAAAUUGGGUCCUCCACGCUCGCUCCGCCUCACCUGACGUACAUCCGCUUAUUUCUACUUUUUUGUCAUCUGGGUCAAAGGUUCCAAGUAGUUGUCUGCUCUGGGCGGUGAAGAACCAGCAAGAGCUCAUCGCAGAAUGGCUGUUAGAACGACGCGUCGACACGAAUAUCCGCGACGCCGAUUGGGAGACCCCAUUGCAUCAUGCUGUUAUUCACGGCUGGACAAGAUGUGUUCAGCUCCUCCUAAGCUAUGAAGCGACCCAACUGUCAAAUAUGACCACGGACAUCAACAACAUGACCCCCAUUCACUACACUGUCGCAAAAGCAAACGAAGAAAUUGCGCAGGUCUUCCUCGAUGCUGGAGUAUCAGUCGACAGUCUAGUGAAAAGGAGGAUCUGGCUGGCGACAUGCCAAGAUGGCAAGCUCACCUAUGCACCAAAUAGCAAUCUACAUUGCUCCCAGGGUGGGUUCAACGCUCCGCAAGGGCUCACAGCUUUGCACUAUGCGGCCUUGACAGGGAGUGCUCAGAUGACAAGAUAUUUCCUCGACCACGGUGCCAACCCAAAUGCGGUCUCCGAGUGCGGCGAAACGCCUCUGCAUCUCGCAGUUAGGCAAGACAUCUACGAUUGGAAGCGGCCCUUUGGCAAACGAGACCGUUAG